AUGAGGAAGGUCAAAGGGUUUAGAAUGGGGAAACGGCUACUACGAGUCUCUGGAUGGAUCCGUCGGAAAACCCGGACCCGUCGUUCCGGGUACAACCGGUUACACUCGACCCGCCUUGCUUUGAGGCUGAGACAACCAAUCGCCAAACUCAAAAACUGGGGACAACGUCUCACGCAAAGUUUCAGACGAUUCGGGUCGUCUACGAGAGGAUCCGGAUACAAACACGACCCGGUUCCGAAGGGGCACUUAGCAGUCUACGUGGGUCAACAAGACGGUGACUUUCACAGAGUUUUGGUUCCCAUCGUCUACUUUAACCAUCCUCUGUUCGGUGAGCUACUCAGAGAAUCGGAGAAAGAGUACGGAUUCCGACACGAAGGAGGGAUCACUAUCCCAUGUCCGUAUUCGGACUUCGAACGGGUCAAGACCCGGAUCGCAUCCGGGUCGGGUUCUCGGGUGUUUCCGUGGAGCCGUCUUUGCCGCAAUUGA